UUUGUUAGUGGGAAAAGAUUUUUUUAAAUGUGAACGAUUUCGACAGUGCUAGAUGUGUUGAUAUUGUUCAUAAGAUUAAAAUUAUGAUAAUAUAAAGGAUAUGCAGUAUAAGUGUACAGUGAAGAUGAAUCUUCUUUUUAUUGUGAUAUGGUGUUUAUUGGGUCUGAUGCCGGAUAAUGUUGAAAUGAGCUGUUACAAUCCACCUUCAGAGCUGUGUACCAAUGACAUGGUAGAAAUCCCAAGUUUGGAAACUAGAGAUCCGUCAGUCAUGAUCACUAACAAAACGUCACACUGGACAUUCUGUGAUGUGUAUGCGAUCGACACAAAUAUAUGGUACAAAAGUGAAAUCUCUAUGACCACGCAAUGUCCUUCGAUGUAUAUGUGUGGAGCAAAGUUUCCUAUUUGGAUGAACGGUGAGAAUCCAAGUCCCGGAGAUGGGUUAGUGAACAGGACAUCCUGUUUAAGAGACUUUGACACCUGUUGUCUACGUACCUACAGGGUGACCGCUGUCAAUUGUGAGUGGUUCAUGGCCUACUGUUUUGUCGAUUUGCCUUCCGGUUGCCACCAGAGAUAUUGCUUCGACAAUAAUUUUACGUCAACCUCAACACCGUUGCCAACGUCGAAAUUCACAGACGAAAACAACGGUAAUUCGCCAAGCAAUACAAUGGCUCCCAGAAGCUCAAUUACAACGACAGCACAGAAAGGCACCGAAGGAAGCCAAACACAAACACAAUCUAAUAAUGUUGAAUUGAGCUGUUAUAAUCCACCUUCAGAACUAUGUAACAAUGACAUGGUAGAAAUCCCAAGUUUGGAAACUAGAGAUCCGUCAGUCAUGAUCACUAACAAAACGUCACACUGGACAUUCUGUGAUGUGUAUGCGAUCGACACAAAUAUAUGGUACAAAAGUAAAAUCCCUAUGACCACACAAUGUCCUUCAAUCUAUAUGUGUGGAGCAAAGUUUCCUAUUUGGAUGAACGGAGAGAAUCCAAGUCCCGGAGAUGGGUUAGUAAACAGGACAUCCUGUUUAAGAGACUUUGACACCUGUUGUCUACGUACCUACAGGGUGACCGCUGUCAAUUGUGAGGGGUUCAUGGCCUACUGUUUUGUCGAUUUGCCUUCCGGUUGUCACCAGAGAUACUGCUUCGAUAAUAACUUUACGUCAACCUCAAACCCAUUAACAACGUCGAGAUCCAUAGACAAGAACAACGGUAAUUCGCCAAGCAAUACAAUGGCUCCCAGAAGCUCAAUUACAACGACAGCACUUAAAGGUACCGAAGGAAGCCAAACACAAACUCCAAGUGUGACACAAUCUGUGUCAAGUGACGGAAAAGUUCUUACUGUUGCGUUUGUAGUAAUUGGGCUUACGACGGCAACAAUCAUCGGGCUACUGAUAUAUAUCAUUCGAAGGAAGAGACUGAUGAAAGUGAUUGAUAAGGACUAUGAUACACUGAAGUACCCAACCGUUAAAACAAUCAAGGUCGAUGAUGCUGGGCAUUUGUAUUCCUACUCUUCAAGUUGAGAAAAUUGUCAAGUAGAUCAUUUGACCAACGUCGAGCAGGAUCUAUGCAACGGAAAACAAUAAUUUAGAUGUCUCGUUACUGUAUUGUGAUAGAUAUAUUGAUAAUACAUACA